AUGGGUGGCUUCGGCGCUUUCCCUUCUACUCCAUUGUAUUGUGACAUCCUCGCCUUUACUAUGACCGAACUUGAAAAGGAUCAGAAUCAAAAGAAUCCAUCACCAAACGAGAAGGAAUCAUCAAAUGACUCGAUAAAUUCAUCGGAAAAACCUGUGGCGAAUGGCUCCGGUGAUGCUGCGCCAUCCGAUGAUGCUGAUGACGACAGCAGAAAACUUUUCGUCGGAGGUUUGCACUGGGAAACGACAGAAAAUGAUUUAAAAGAGUAUUUUUCCCAGUGGGGCAGAGUAACUCAAUGUAUAAUAAAGCUUGAUCGAUACACUGGUAACUCCAGGGGCUUUGGAUUUGUCACCCUUGAAAGUGAAGAAUGUGUUUCUAAAGUAUUGGCUGUGCACGAACACAAACUCCGCAAUAAAAAAAUUGACCCAAAGAAAGCAAAGCCCUCUCGCGAGCCCCUUAAAAAAAUUUUUGUUGGCGGCAUUGAUCCGGAAGUUAAAGAAGAAAAAAUAAAGGAAUAUUUUAGUCAGUUUGGAAAAGUGGAAUCACUAGACUUGCCCUUUGAUAACACUAAGGGCAAGCGCAAGAGCUAUGUAUUUGUCAGCUUCGCAACCGAGGCAGCUGCAAGAAAAGCUAUUGCUAAAGAACGGCAAGAGAUAUUCGGGAGAUUGUGUGAUGUAAGAGCUGCCGUUUCUCGUGAGCAGGCCAACAGACAGAAAGGUACUUAUUUUAUUCUAAUUGCCGUAGUUUUGAAACAGUGGUAUAGUUGGCUUGAACCCGCUUUUGGCUUUGCCAAUAAUCCUUAUGGGGACUUUGCUUAUCAAGGAUUCGAUCCUUUUGGAUUGGGAUACUACAGUCUCGAUUUGUACAAUCCCGCGGCCGCCGGCGCUUAUGCUCCUGGUGCAUUUCCUCCAGCAUUUAAUCCUAAUGUAUAUAGGCCUAGUGGUCCACCUAUUGGUGCAUACGGCAAGCCAAGUCCAAUACCAGUUGGUAGUGGUGUUGGAACACCUUCUGCUGGGCGUGCACUUGGUAAUCGAGCCAUGAAUCAAAUUUCAAAUCAUCACUCCAACCAGUCUGUUGGUCUCGGAGCUAAUCUACAUCUAAAUCAGUCCAACAGUGUACCUAUUGGAAAUGGCCACUAUAGUGCUUCCUCUGGUCAACAGAACUCCGACAUUUCUGGAACCGGUCCAGGAGCUGGGUCCACCACCAGCAUGGUUGCUGCUGCUGCUGCCGCUGUUGCAGAUUAUUCAUCCGCCCAGCAGCAACAACAGCAAGGUGUGGCUACCGCCUAA